AGCACGACCGUUCCUCGCGGGCGGGCGGGGUCCGCGCCGCGGCCGCCGCCGCGCUCCGGCCGGUGCUGCCGCCAGAGGCGGCGGCAGCGGCCCCGGCCCCGGCCAGCGCGCGGCGCCCCCCGGCCGCGCCCCCGCGCGCAGCUCGCGGCCCUGGCCAUGGGGCUGCGCGGGCCCGGGGCUCGGCCGAGCUGAGGCGGCGGCGCCGGUCCGCGCGCCCUUUGGGGCCACCUCCGCACCCUGCUCGCCGGCGUCUGGCUCUCAUGAUGAUGAAGAAGAAGAAGUUUAAGUUUAAGGUGGACUUCGAGCUUGAGGAGCUCUCGUCGGUGCCCUUCGUCAACGGGGUCCUCUUCUGCAAGAUGCGGCUGCUGGACGGCGGCAGCUUCACCGCCGAGUCCCCCAGGGAGGUGGUGCAAGCAAACUCUGUUCACUGGAGGAAGAAGUUCUCAUUUAUGUGCAAAAUGAGUGCCAGUGCCACUACGGGCAUCCUAGAUCCUUGCAUCUACAGAGUAUCUGUGAGGAAGGAAUUAAAAGGUGGAAAAGCUUAUGCAAAGCUGGGCUUUGCAGAUCUAAACCUGGCAGAGUUUGCUGGAUCAGGAAAUACCACGCGUCGCUGUUUACUAGAAGGCUAUGAUACCAAAAAUACAAGACAGGAUAACUCCAUUCUUAAAGUUUUGAUCAGUAUGCAGCUGAUGUCUGGUGACCCAUGCUUUAAAACGCCUCCUUCUACAUCAAUGUCUAUACCGAUUGCUGGUGAAUCUGAAUUUCUGGAAGAAGAUAGAAAAGGUGGAGAGACUCUCAAAAUCCAUCUUGGAAUAGCAGAUAUUUCAGCAAAGAGUGCCUCUGUUCCAGAUGAACUUGGAGCCUGUGGACAUUCUAGAACAUCAAGCUAUGCAAGCCAGCAGUCAAAAGUAUCAGGGUAUAGCACAUGCCACUCCCGGUCAUCUAGCUUCUCUGAGCUCUGCCACAGGAGAAAUACCUCAGUGGGAAGUACAUCAACAGGAAUUGAAAGUAUUCUGGAGCCAUGCGAUGAGAUUGAACAAAAAAUAGCUGAACCAACUCUUGAUACAGCUGAUAAAGAGGAUACAGCUUCAGAAAUACUCAGCAGAUGCCCCAUGAAACAAGAUUCUGUAGAAUCUCAGCUGAAGCGAGUUGAUGACACCAGAGUGGAUGCCGAUGACAUUGUGGAGAAAAUAUUACAAAGUCAAGACUUCAGCCUAGAUUCCAGUGCAGAAGAAGAAGGACUGAGGCUAUUUGUGGGUCCUGGGGGACGUACAACCUUUGGCAGUCAUCAUCUUCCAAAUAGGGUGGGGUCUGGAGCUUACGAACAAGUUGUGAUCAAACGCUAGAAGUCAAGCUGGUGAACUGAAGCCUCCCUGUGGGUUUAAGAUGUGGGCAAUUGAGCAAUCAAGGCACUUUAUUCAAGUACUUAUGAGAAAAUGAACCUAUUAAAAAAUGAAGUACGUUCUUCUAUCAAGAGGAAAACCAACACUGAUUUUGUCUCUGAAAGUGCCCACCACUGUCGGAAUGGUAGCAUCAAGGCAAUGUGCCACGUGUUUACGGGUACACGGCUUGUGUAGUUGCUGCACAGGGUAACAAAAGCCUGCUUUUUCUUUCAAAACAUCCUGGUGGGGAAAAUAGGUCUGUACAUCUGAGUCUAGUUUUAAUGUUGAAGUGUAAAACCUAUGAUAGAAGUGCUCAACAGAUUUGGGCUCUAAUUAUUUAAUUUUAUGUUUGAGAGAUAAUAAGUGAAAAUAAUUUAAACCCUGUAAAUUCUGUCAAGAUAGUUAUAAUUCCUGUGAAGGGAACCUUCCAUAUUAUUCUGCUUAAAGUAUUGUAGUAAGUUUAUUAACUCUUUUUGAUGUAAUAACUGAUAUAAAGUGUGGGUGUUCAUGCUUUGGGAAAAUGUUAUACUACAAUUUAAAUGUAUAAAAUGCUUAAUAAUUCUAAAUGUAAAAGUCAUAAGUCAAAUAACAAGUGUGUUUAAGUCGGAUAUACAUGAAUGGGUAUAAUGCCAUUAUUAUGCAGUAUGUAUUGCAGGACUCCCACUAGACUAUAUAAGAGAUUCAAGUUAAGUUUAGGGGCCAGCCUGGUGGCGUAGUGGUUAAGUUUGCUUGCUCCGCUUCAGUGGCCCAGGGUUCGCAGGUUCGGAUCCCGGGCACGGACCAACGCACUGCUUGUCAAGCCAUGCUGUGGCAGCAUCCCAUAUACAAAAUAGAGGAAGAUGGGCACGGAUCUUAGCCCAGGGCCAAUCUUCCUCAGCAAAAAGAGGAAGGAUUGGCAUCAGAUGUUAGCUCGGGGCUAAUCUUCCUCACAAAAAAAAAAAAAAAGAUAAGUUUAAUAAUCAGUAUAUUAGGCUACCAUAAGGCACCCUAAGAUAAGAGCUGUUUUAACUAACUGAAUAAUAUCUGCUGGUUUCAGAGUCAAAAUUUAGAGCAACAGGAGGAAAACUGUGAUAUGAGUAGAAACAGAGCAGUCUUUUCUCUGUAAGUUCAGACUUACCUGAAACUGAAAAUUAUUCCAAGGAGGUAGUGGAUAAAAGAUGAGACAGCUGCUUGACGUCACUGACAUGGACCUGUGGUUUUCUGUUUUAGCCCCCCAUGAUUAGAUACUCUCUUUCCUUCUUUACUAUAUCAGAAGCUCGUUGUUUUGAGGUAAGAAUAGAAUAUAACAUGCAUCAAAUAGAGCUUUAAAAUAAUAUCUGAUCUGGAUCCAGUUUAACAGCACAGCAGAUAAAUCUUAGGAGUUUUUCUGGUCUUAUGUCAUAGUUUCUGUGUGGAAAGAUCUCAGUUUUCUUGGAAUCACUCAGUCCCUGAAGAAAAAUGUAGAUUCUAUAGAACCAGUAAUUCCCAGUCCUUACUUUCAAAACCAUGUCCGAGAAACGUAAUAUGUUAGGAUAGAAUUACUUUGGUCUAGGUAUUUUCAUGUUGGCAACAUAAGGGAAAAAAUGUAUUAUUUUUAAGAAAAUAUUAUUUUAAUAUCCAAAUUUAGAGAUAUGUAAAAAUUUGAAUAGUUAAUGUUAGGGCUUUUGUUUUUUUAAUAUUUUAAGGAUUGGGUAUUCCAAAUUUAUCCAAUACUACUUUACAACAAAUAGAUUCUGAGAUUUUUAAAGAGAUGACACUCUAUUUUAGAAUAUUUUGAAUGUUGAGAGAUAGGGUUUUCUGAGUAAUUAGGUAUACUGUAUUUAAGAUUUGUUUUGAAGAAAAUAAAAUUGACCUGAACAUUUUAUUCUAACCAAGGAAAAUGUUAUCUUAAGUGGUAAAGACUUGCUGUCUGACUAAACAAGUGAAGUGAUCUAUUCAUUAUAUCUUAUGGGAGAAAAAAAUCAAAGUUUUUAAUAGAGAUAUGAAGAUAUUGUUUAGAGAGAUAUUUAUUAUGACAUGUUUUAAAAACUUAUUUUUCUAUUUUCGAAAUAUUAUUUCUAGGCUAUAUUUUUUAUUGGCGCUCUGCAAAUGAUUUUGCAGUUUUGAAAAUGAUAAUAGAAAUAGAUUGUAAGCGAGGUUCAGUGAGGACAUUCUCCAGAUGUGUCAGAGGUGCUGUAAUCCGGGCACUGCCUUGUCUUACUCAUCCUUUGCUGCUCCUGGCCCAAUAAUGUAUACAAGACUAGCUCUCAGUAUUUAAAAUGAUAUAGAAUUAUUAUUUAAAGACAAAAUGUGGAGAGAUUUUGAAAAGCAUAAAAAUCUUGCCUUUAUAAUUUCAGUAGCCACCAGAUACAUCUUGAUUUAUGUAGUAUUAAAUAUAACAAACAUUUUAAUAAGUAGAAACAUUGAUUAGGAAGAAAAAAGAUGGCAAUGUCCUCUGUAGUCAGUGAAAGUCUGGAUUCAUUUUACCCUAUUUUGUUUUCCAUCAGCAUACUUUGCAACCAAAUUUCAUUACAGUCCUUGAAAAUGUUUAUUAAAGAUUGCCUGUCUGCCUUACUUUCUAGUUUUUCUUUUUUUAAAGCAUGUGCUGUUAAUAUCUUAACCAUGUAGCUAUUGAAAAAAAUCUGCUUAUUAAAUAUCAAGUCCACUUGUGGUUUCAUUUUGAGUUUAGAAAUUCAAAUUUGCAGAAUUAGAUCUCAGUAAAUUGAUUUUUAAAUAUUUAAGUCAAAUUUCAAAUUACCCAGUCUUGGAGAAUUUGUAGAUGGAUAACAUUUUCUUUUGCUAAUCCUAUGCUAGAGAAAAAGAUUAAUGGUAUUUUAAAGCUAUAUAUUUGUGAUCAGAUAAGGAAGAACCUUGAAUACCUUGUUUGAGGGAAAUACCGAGGCUGGUCACGAGCCCACUUCCUGUGACUUGUGCUGCUGACUGAAACCAGUGAGGAAGUGAAGGGUGCACAGGGCAGCGAAGGCCCCCGGCUGUCAGUUUACACUUCCAUCCAUGGUUGACUCUCUUUUGUGUGAUGUUGAAGGCUUCUGUAUACAAACAACUAAUGUGGAUUAGUACUUACAAUCUGAGAACGUCUCAACUAAGAAUCCUAAAGUGCACCAUCCCAUUCCAGCAAAAUACUAUCGGAGUCAUGAUAUCCAAAGUAGAUUCUUCUGUAUGUGCUUUUUUUUUGCAUGAAAACUGUGAGCCACAGAGGUCUCCCGCUUAGCCCAUUUGUUGCAAAAGGGAAAAAAUCUCCUACUAGCCUCCAGUCAAAACAUAUUCAGAUAGCAAUGAGUUUUAAUAAAUUAAAACAUCCAGAAGUAAUUUUAGACUUUAGAGAUUUCCAUGCUAAUAGACCACUUUGCAAGCUCAAGCUGACAGUAUUAUUAAAUACUUCAUUGAAGUACUCGAAAGUGUCAGGAUUCCAGUAUACAUACUAAUGCUCUGAAAGAGACUGGGCUCGUAUGGUGGGUUGCAUUAUAUUUUAUCAGGUCUUUAACUAGGGCAACUCAGAAGUUAUACUUGGUCAGUUCUCCCAGAUGGUACGUCUUGUGAAUAUAAUCAAGUACUAUAGUUGAAAUCGUGUUAUGCCACUACUCAUGUGUGGGCUUAGGUACUAUGCAUGAUUUUAAUAGCUGAGAUGUUAAAGAAUAUGAAGUCUAAAACUAUAAAGGAUGAAAUAUGCCUAUAUUAACCCUGUUUUAAGACUGCUCUGGAAAUAAAGGCCUUAUUAUUCCCUUAUAUAUGUGACUUUGCAUAAGAUAAUAUAUACACAGUAUAUUUUAAAUGGUUGUGUGAGUGGUCUCUAGCUACUCCCUCUAUGACAAACCUGGCAACAUUUUUAAUUUACACGGACAACAUACUCUGCAUUUACAAAUGCUUAUUUGCGUCUUACGGAUAUAACAAAGAAAAUUCUAUUGCUGAGAUUCAUUGACCAAAUCUCAUGCAGAGGAAGGCAUGUAGGGUAUAUUCAGUUUGAUUGUUUUUUGGAAAUUCAUCUGAUUUGGGGGAUCACCUUCCUCUGAUGCAUUUAUUUGAUCCUCUGGAAGUAGAUACACUUGUAGGUAAUCAUGUAGAUGUUUAAGAAAAAAUGUUUACUGAAGUGAUUCCAUUAGUAUUUUGUGCUGAUACUUGGAGAAUGACCUUCAUAUUUAUAUAUUUCUUUGUUUUAACUGUACACUAUAAAUCCAGGAAAUGUUUCCUUUUUUUUUUUUUACAAAAACUAAUUUUUUAUUAUAAAGUAUUUGUAAUAAUGUAAAGGUGAAUCUUAUACAUGUUCAAUAAAAAUUAUCUUAAAGU